GGCCGCGCCGAGUAGGUAUGGAUCCAAGGGCUCCGCGACAGCUGUCAACGCGCCGUCAAUACUUUCAUAUCGGGCCGUUGGCCAAGAGUGAGAAAGGGAUAUCCGAUAAUGUGAUAACAUCGAAGUGGAUUGAAUCAAAGGUGCGACUUCCGUCACAGACGUCCAACCAAUCCAUACCACGGCGUCGCUGUCGCAUAGUCCAACAAGAUGCAGCCCACGCGGUGUCUGCUGAAGGGCCGAUCCGUGUGGAAAGGCCCGCAUAUCGUCCCUCUCCCCAUCACACGACCCAAGCCGGGCGAGAAGAUACGCCCCAUCAGGACACAAGCGCGCGCCGCCACCAUCCUGCCCAACUUCGUCGGGCUGAAGUUCCAGGUGUACAACGGGAAGGUGUACAACGAUGUGACCAUCACCGAGGACAUGGUCGGGCACAAGCUGGGCGAGUUCUCUCCGACGCGGAAACCCUUCAUGUGGACUCGCGCGAAGUAGAAGGGCUGAUAUAGCGAUAUGAUACGACACGAUGCUAUGAGCGCAGAUAGACAGGCCCGGAGAGGAAAUGAGAAGAGGAGGAGGAGGAUGUACAGCAUACCCAACGGCGUUUAUUGUAUGGGGACACUAGAAAAAGCGAUGAUACGGCAGGAUUAUUGUUUAUAUCUGUCUAUUCGCGACUUCCCCAAUGUACACUACAACAAAUCUAAAACGUAAAAAAAAGUGUGACGCAAUGAAGAAGUGCGGAAUCAGUAGGUUCUUCAUGAUAAAUCAUU